CGGCCAAUCACCGCGCUGCAAAGCAAUCUUUCGAAAGGGUGCGAUGGGCCGAACUCUCAGCGCCGGCCCGCCCACGACGGUGAGCAAGAACACAGUCCAGGGCUUUGUCGUGCCCAUCAAGCACAGCAGCAAUGUAAGUGCGGUCAUCGCCGACCUCCAGACGCAACGCGCUUUGCGACGGGCCACCCACAUCUCGUACGCGUACCGCGUCAUCGAGAUGGCCGACGACGCGUCCGACAUGGCGUCGCGCGCCGUGGCCGAGCUCUACGACGUGGUUGAAGGCGCGCACGACGGUGGCAUGUUUGGCGCUGGCGACAAACUGCUGUACGUGCUGCAGCGCUGGGAUGUACACAAUGUCGUCUUGGUCGUGAGUCGCAUCGACGCCUCGUACUCGGGGCAGCUCCUCGGUGCCAACACGUACAAGCUGCUCGUCGAGAGCGCCAAGCAAGCCCUCGAACAGUUUGCCGUCGACUCGCUCGAGCCGGCCGAGGCCGCCAAGCUCGCGAUGUCCGAGCUCCCGCCGCAGCUCCCGCCGGCCAAGAUGGAAGCGACCAAGACCACUAUCGCGUACGAAGGCGGCGCGUAUAUGGUCGACGGCGUCGUGCAAGGCACCAAGCAAGGGCGGAUCAACCACUUUCUCGCGGAUCGAAGCUCCAACCAGAGCCAGGACGCCAAGCACGAGACGCUUCGGAGCCUCGAUGCGCUCGGGAUUUCAAAAGACGAGCUCAAUUUACUGCGCGCCGUUCGGUCGCCGUCCAAAGAGCUCCACACUGUAUUGGUGUGCGUCGCGCUCUUGCUGCACGUCAAGGACGUCACGUGGACCGGCUGUCGCGAUAUGCUGCACGCGCCGAGCUUCUGUGCCAAGGUCCUCCGCGUCACGCCCGAGAAACUCACGUCGCGCCAAGUCCACUGCGUGCACGCGGUGCUCUCGGACGCCGACUUGGUGCCCGACGUUGUUCGCCGCGCGUCGACGACCGGGGCUGCGCUCCUCGCGUGGGUGCAAAGCCUCCUCGACAAGUACGACGAAGCGCACUUGGGCUUGUCGCUCGGCGCCGUGCCCGCACAGCCCACCGCGCGCAUGGACGACACGCUCUUAGAGAUGGCGGUGCGCCUCGAGCCUCCGUCGCGGCCGCCGCCCCCCGAAGCGCACUCGGUGAUUCCGACCGACUUGUUUGCACCAGCAAAGCCGCCCAAGAUAAUCGACCACGGCCGCCUCAUCAAGCAGCCCAAGAUGCCAAAGUAGGAGCGACGUAGGAUGCAGUUCCCGGUCCGAGAGGUGCAUUAGUUGCUAUGUCCGCUGAACCACAAGGAGUAGAGUGCAUGUCGUUUAGUCGGUCAUCGUAACAGCAGUCGCGCUAGAGCCCAAGGGAACACAGCCAAGGGAUAUGCUAGAAGAAGAAGAAGUAAC